AGUUAACGUGAAAACAGAAGAAACGAUGGCUCGAUUAAACUACAUCGUGACAAUCAUUGUUAUUACACUGAUUUGUGUUUUAGCGCAAGAAUUGUACUCCGAUCGGUAUGACAAAGUUGACGCAGAAAAUAUCCUUCAAAAUAAUAGAUUGCGAGAUCAAUACUAUAAUUGUUUUAUGGGAAACGCGCCAUGCACAACGGCAGAUGCAAAAUUCUUUAAAGAGAUUAUUAUAGAAGCUUUUCGAUCUAAGUGUAAGAAAUGUACUGAAAAACAAAAAGAAAUGAUGAAUUUAGUACAGGAUUGGUAUAAAAAAAAUAAACCUGAACAAUGGAAGGCUUUCGUCGCAAAGUAUCAACAAGAAGAACGCUGAAAUAACUAACAAGGAAAAUACGAAAAGAACCAAAAAUAUUAAUCGUUUACAACAUUAUUAAUCUUUUUAUAUUCGGAAACAU